AUGGGGUCUCGCUCAGCAACCCGGUCGUCGCUGGCGUGUGUGCAAUGUCGCAAUCAACACCUCAAGUGCGACUCCGUCCGCCCAAUCUGCGCUCGUUGCCUGACCCUUUCCAAACCUUGCUCGUACCCUGAUUCGCGUCGAGGCGGACGGCUGGGCACUGCGGCAGAACGAGCACAGACGCGGCGAGUCGCGCUGCCCAACUCUCCAGGCACAGCUAUGCCGUCUAGCGCCGACUCCUCCCCGAGUGGUGCGUCUGGCGGUACAGCACUGCGACACGUACCUUUGAGUGACACGGCAUCGAUACCCUCGGACACUAUGCCACGGGAGACCGACAUUGACAGCCGUCUACUGGAUCUUUACUACCAAUAUUUUCAUCCAAGCCACCCAUUUGUGCUCCCCCAAAGAGCGCUCCGAGCAAGGUUACAAAGCUGCGAAUCCUCUAGUCUUCGACAGCUUGCCAACGUCAUGCGAUACAUCGGCUCGUUCUACGCAGAGUCCCUCCCCGAGAGCACAGAGUACGAAGAACAUGUCGACUACACCACAAUGGACGGUUUCACAGUACAAGCCACCUUGUUGUUAGCGCUGGCCAAGAGCAUGUGCGACGACAGCGCCGGGGCCACCGGGCUGCUAGCUCUCGCCAUUGCGCAGGCGACAGGUAUAGGAAUGAAUACAAUUGACUUUGCGAAUGCAGUGGUCGGACUAGAUCCCGUGCUCGCGGAGAGCUGGCGGCGCACCUGGUGGAUGAUUUACGUCGUCGAUACCCAGUUUGCCAUUAUUCGCUGGGACUUUCACCAGUUGCUUGCCGACCACACCCCAGAGGUCGACUUGCCCUGUGAUGAAGCCAGGUACAAUCGCUUGGAUAUACCCAUGACAUCGCCCUCGUUCAAGGAGUAUCAGAACCGAGAAUAUGCCUUGCUUGAGCAGACGUACUCCUCUUUUGCCUACUACAUAGAGGCCAGCUCCAUAUACGCGUCGUCCUUGCAAGCAUCUACGCAGUAUAAAAGCAUACCCCAUGCGGAGACAGUCUGCAGUGACUGGGAAGCCACUAUUGUCAGCUGGUUUUUGAUGCUCCCACCCCAUCUACGUGAGCUUCCUGUAAAGUCAACUGUGUCCGAUCAACUUAUGUUCCAGGCACACAUGAUGAUGCACACAUCUCUGGCUUUUAUUCACAGGCCGCUAUCUAGUUUACAGUAUGACUCCGCGGAAGAGCGCUCUAGCUGUCGCCCGCCGCCUCCGCCGUUAAACACAAGCAUCAAUCCCAUCGAUGCGUCCAAGCACGAGGAGCACUCAACGAAGCUGUUCCAGGCAAUUCGAAAACAAAACCAAUGUCUCGUAUUGCUUCCAAUACGGGCCGUACAGCUAUCACCGUUCGUCAUCUGUAUGAUCGCCUGCUGCACCAUCGCCCACCUUGUAGGCUGCAAAGUGGCCUUUGACGCUGAGGAGACUAGGGCAGCGCGGUCCCGAAUUCGAGUCACACUUGGGACACUGAAGCAUUACGAGGAUAUCUGGCCGCGGGCAAAACGAAUGAUACGAGAACUGAAGCUCAUUGCCAAUGAUAUAUUGCAGGCAGAGGCUCUAUGCGCAGCACCACCCGUGGCAAAGGUCUCAUUCCCCGCUUCAGAGGAAAGCCUUUUCGUCAGCAUGCUGGGAGAACAAUGGAUGAAUCCCUUUGAGACAGCGUGA